AUGUCCUUCGGCUGGGACCGCGCCGGCGGCGACCAGGUCGCCAUCGCGCAGCGGCUCGCCAACGGCCUGCCCGCCUGGCCGCCGCUCAAAGGGCCGACGACGUACCGGCGCCUACGCGACGUCUCGUACGGGUGGAACGUGUGCACGGCGUCCUACACGCAGGCCUGGUGGGCCUGGGACGACUGGAGCCGCCACCUCGACUGGCUCGCGCUCAACGGCGUCAACCUGGCGCUCGCGUACACGGGCCAGGAGCGGCUCUACGCGGACGUCUACGCGGACCUCGGCGUCGACUACGCGGCGUUCGCGAACUGGUCCAACGGCCCGGCGCACCUCACGUGGUCGCGGGGCCAGUCGACGCACGGCGUCGGCGGGCCCCUGCCCCGAACCUUCGCCGACGCGCAGCUCGCCCUCGCGAAGCGGAUUUUGGCGCGCAUGCGGGGCCUCGGCAUCGUGCCCGUGCUGCCGUCGUUCCAGGGCAACGUGCCCCCGGCGUUGAAGGACCUGUUCCCGGAGGCGAACAUCACGGUCCAGGCGCCCCACUGGACGUCCGGCGCCGUCGCGUGGCUCGACGCAGGGCAGGAAAAGAGAGCGAAAUUCCCAACUUCAAAGGCUCCCAUCUCGGCCGUUUUCCACUCGUUUCGGCUGAUUUUUGGACGAGCGAUCAUCUCUCGGAACGGUCUCGAAGCAUGGGUGCUUUUUGGGGAACGCGCGCGCGCGGAACACUCACGUUGA